CGACAAGGAAGUAAAGGAAUGACUCGUCGUCUGGAAACGAUCGAUGGUUUUAUCGUAGUUUAGAACAUUCUAGGAUCACUGCAUAUCCUUCGUGAACCUUACAAUGGCUGAAGGUGGACACCCUCCGGAACUGGACUUACACUUACUGGAAUGUCCUAUCUGUCUGGAGAGACUUCAGAAACCAAAGUCCUUACCCUGUCUCCACUGCUUCUGUCAGGAAUGUCUCGGGACCUACAUCACCAAGGAGUUGUCUGGGAAUAUGGCCUCGGAAACAUCCUUUCCUUGUCCUGUCUGUAGGAGGGUGACCCCGCCUGUCAAUCCUGUGGAAUCUAAGAACAAAUGGGCAGAACAUUUUCCUACUAACGCUGUGAUACAGGACCUCAUUCAGCUCAAGGAACGAUCGUCUGAACCACUGUACUGCAAACCCUGUCAGACAAAAGGUAUCAUGACGAAUCCCGCGAAAUUCAGGUGCAAGGACAUGGCAGUGAACUUAUGCGAUGAUUGUAAGGUGCAACACCACGAUAUUUUGCACAAUGAAUGUGGUAUCUUAGACAUCAGUGGAUAUGGUAGUAACCGGACAAAUCGUGAAAAGUCAGUCCCUCGAUGUGACCAGCAUGGUGAGACGAAGGUUUGGUAUUGUGAGGACCAUCAAAUCUUAGGAUGCAACAUAUGCAUUUUCAAAAAUCAUAGGCGUUGUGAAGAGGUAACAACAGCUAUAGAGUAUUUUCAAAAAUUAAAAGAUGGGUCACAGCUGGCAGACAUGUAUGACAUGUUGAAGAAAAACACAGAAGUUAUUGAGUUAAUAGUGAAGGAUUUUGACGAAAAGCUUCAAAAUCUUGUACAGAACCAGGAAGUCGCGCUACAAAGUAUCACUGAUCUGCGUCAAGAGGUCGAUAAACGGCUAGACAAGCUACAGAAGGACGUCACAGACAAGUUGAUGGCGUCGUUCAAAGAAGAGAAGAGAAACAUGGAGGCGUCCUUACGACAGUGUGAACGUCUGAUGAAUAGUAUGCUGAAUACUAUGAAGUCGUCCGUUAUCGCCGUAGAGGGAAACGACCACAUCGAGACGAUAGUGUUGUACCAGAGAGGACAGGCAGAAGUGGAGUCGUGUAAGGCCCUGAUCACAGAGAUGAGAAAGUCGUACACGUCCGUCAGCAUUAAACAUCAUAGUGUUAGUGGACUCGGUAACAUUGAUGACGACGUAAUGGGAAAGAUCAUAAUCGAGAAACAACCUCGACGUUUCCCUGGCAAUCAUUGUGAUCUAGUACCACACUUCUUAGAAAGCAAGGUGAAGGAAAUAGGAAAGUUCAACAUGAAUAUUCCGUCAGAUAAAACUAAUUGCCGUGCCCUUGGUGUUUUGUACCUCCCAUGUAAUCAAAUAGUGGUAAGUGAUGACAACAACAAGAAUCUAAAGCUGUUUACAGACAAAGGACAGUUAUUGGACGAGUUAACAAUUCAAGGAAGUCCCAAUGAUCUGUGUCUGGUAGACUACAACACUGUGGCGGUCGCAGUCGAUAGUCCUGGUGGUGUACAUGUCGUGAAAGUCGAGGCAUCAAGACUCUCCCUGUCGUCUGAGACCAGGAUGCCAAACGGUGAGGACUGCUACGGUAUAACACAUACAGACGGGAGGUUUAUCGUGGGUACAGACGGAGGAGGAGUAUACAGUGUAACCAAGGACGGCGUGACUGACUUGUUACAUCAGUAUAACAGCACCUGUUACUCACUCACACAUGACCUAGUAAAGGGAGACACACUCGUCAGCGGGAGACGUCGCGGUGUCCAGACUGUCGGCUUAUAAACGUCACUCGGACGUGUUGAAGGUCGGCGUCGUAAACUGUCCAGUGGGAAUAGACGUAUUCGGGGAGGGAAACAUCUACGUGUGUGGUUAUAGUACACACAACGUCGUACAUAUGUCUGGGGACGGGACACACGUCAGGGAACUGCUGACGUCUUCGGAUGGGAUGAACAGACCAUGGGCAAUAUCUGUAAAUGGUGACAAUUUUGUGGUCACUAAUUUUGAUGACAACCAUAUCCGGAUCUUUGAGCUUUACUAACGUGUUGAACUGACACAUUCAAGAGCAGAGUACUUGAGAUAUAUGUUUACCAUAACAAUCGAAGUGCAUUGUGACAUGUUAUGACUUAAAACAGUAAUAACAGCAUUUCAUUUCCAACUUCAACUGAUACACUAUCGCCGAAAUCGUCGGUUUCCAUUUAAAGAUUAAUUAAUUAUUGAUGUUAUCAAACGAAAUGUAAUUCUAUUACUGUGAUAAUCAUUUAAUCGUAAUCACAAACAAUUUCCAUUUAAUGUCAUACUUCUUAUCAAUAGUUCGAAGUAUAUGUGUAUCAGUUAUGGUCUGAUUUUGUGUUAAUCAACUUGUAGAUGGGAUAUUAUUAACAGCAUCCCUAUGUCUCAGUAAGGUGUGAAUUGGAUACAAUAUAAGGAGCUGGGCUGUCUCUCAAUUUUUUUAUUGUCAUAUGCAGAGCCACACAUCAAGAGAUCAAACAACCAUGUUUAUAUGUGCUAUUUGCUUCGGAUUGACAGAUUGUAUUCGAUAAUUACUACCAGCUUAUAUCCAACGUUACUAUAGUUUUCUCAUUAUUUUGAUUUCUAACUACAGCGUGAUCAGUGUCAUCAGUGAUGAAAACCAUAAUUAAAUAAUUUCUACUUUA